GCGCAGUCGCACAAAACAAAUGCAGAAAAGCUACGACGAUGUAUUGUAUACAGAACAUUAAAAUUUCUCGAAGUUUUAAUGCGCUUGGAAAUUAAUAAACAUAAAAGACCCCAAGUUUAAAUAAUAGCACUGAUUAAUAGAUUUAAGGCAUUCUGCUACUAAAAAAUAUUGCAGACGAGUGAGAAAUAAUUUUAUAUCUUUACCUGAUCGCUUUUGUAUCCGGUUCACUUCGGAAUAAAUGAAUUCAAGAUAGACCAUUGCGCAGUCGCACAAAGCAAAUGCAGAAAAGCUACGACGAUGUAUUGUAUACAGAACAUUAAAAUUUCUCGAAGUUUUUAUGUGCUUAGAAAUUAAUAAAUAUAAAAGACCCCAAGCUUUAAUAAUAGCACUGAUUAACAGAUUUAAGGCAUUCUACUACUAAAAAAUAUUGCAGACUUGAGAAGGCGCUCGUAAGAAUUGUUACAUCUGAACUAGUCGACUAUCAUCAAAACCAUUAUCCUCCGCAAUCGGCUAAAUUAGCUUUGGCAAAAGCAUUAAUCACUGAAUUUCCGCGACUAAAAAAUGAAUAUUCAAAAGAUGGUUGGGAGCAUUUUUACGAUCAAAAUUCUAAAAAUGGUUUCAUAGAAUAUCGUUUGAGUACGAUGAGAACCAAGUUGAGUCCAUCAAAAAAAAAAUACACAAAAGCAGCUCUAAAAAAGUCUGAAGUACUUUCCUCUUCUUCACAGUCUGCUGACUACCAAUUUACUAGUGAAGAAAUAGAUAAAAAGAUUUCUUUAUUAAAAUUCAUUAAGCCUUCUGAUGAAAAUAAAGGAAAAAUUAUUACUUGUAUGCAAGAGACAAGAGAAUUCAGAUGGCAUUGGAUUCAAUCUGCAAGUCCAACUAUUUCAGAAGUUUUUAUAACUUACACGCGUCUCUUGGAUUACGAUGGAGAAAUAAUUGAACGCGAUUUCGAUAGUAAAUAUCCAAACGUAGCAAAUAACUUUUUGGAAAAGUUUGCCACAUAUUACGUUCCGCGCAUUGACUUCUUUGUUAAAAAUUGUAAGCCAGUCUUAUACACAGAAGCAGCCGAUAUUACUGAUGAAAAUUUGAGAGCCUUACUCAUGUUGAGUGCAUUACUACCGGUAUCAAAUUCUGUGAUCACAAAAAGAGGUAAAGGCGUAGGUAAAGGAAAGAAAAGAAAACUCAAUGAAAGCGAUGAUAGCCCUUUACCCGUCAAAACUGCAUUUCUCAAUAAAGAUCUCAUAAAAUCUCUUCCGGACGGAACUAAUAUAAGUAACUACAUCAAAGAGAUUAAGGAACGUGAAGCUACUAAUGCCCAACCAUGUCUAAUUCUUAUGAAAGGUCAAGGUUAUGAAAAAUUUUUCAUUGAAGGGGAUAAUUGGCUUAUGAGUGUAGGCGACAAAAGUGGACCGAUUGCAGCUUUUAAUAUACUUUAUAAGCUAUUUUACGUGCUGAAUUUACAGUACCCGAACAGUUUGCAAAAUUUUUUCAAUUUUAUAGAUUGUUACGUUUUUGGAAUGCAAGGUGUAACAUCACGAUCAGUGGUCUCGGCACUACAUAUUACAUUAAGUAAUAUUACAAUCAAGGAUUCAAAAGUUCUUAAUGAUAACGAUAAUGAUUCAUUAUCUGAUUAAAAAAUAUGAUUGAUAUUUUGUACUGAUAUUUUGUAUUGAUAUUUUGUACUGAGCAUAUCAAAACUUUUUUAUUUAUUAUUUUAACUGUACUUGUGCUGUGUAUCAAACAGAGAGUGAGUUUCUUUAGCUUUUUUAAUAUA